GUAAAUAUCCAACUCAUGCUCAAUGCAUAUUUCUCUCCCAAUAUACAGAAAUUCAACAGAUUAGAUAAGGUUUUCCUGGUUUUCCCCCUAAUUUAUAUAAAGUAUUGCGCUUAACUUCCUCCUCGUUCUAAAAGAAGGGAAAAGGAGAACUGGGGAGUUAUCCAGCUCCAGCUGUCGAGCCGAGAAAAGGGCAUCGGAGAUAGAUCUGCCAAACGCAGUAAUGAUAUUCAGAUGUAAACGGCUGCGAAAAUGACACCUGUUCACAGCAAAUCCACGCCGUAUCUGGUGUUCCUGACAGUUCUCAUCACGGUGCACUAUCUCCCCCGGACUCAUUCCUCCUGGAUCAAUGCGGCAGACUUCGCAGAAGCCUUGGUGACAUUGAAAGACGACCAAGGCCUCGGCGUGCAGGCUUGGCAGGACUAUCUAGACAAUUUAAAGUAUGAAGAGGAUUUACCCAGCGGAGCGAACCUGGCAUCAUCGCUCGCAGCGAAUUUGGGUCGGCGAUUCGACAAACAGGUCGACGCCAUCAAGAAGUUAAAGCAGACGAUUGAAUCCAACUAUGCCUCGUUCUCCGCUUCGACAUCAGUCUCACCCAAAUGUUGUGAGAAGUCUGGCCUGGCGUAUGAUGCCAGCUUCGCGAAAGGGGUUGACAAAUCGAUAGCAUGUGAGCUGAUCUCCAAGUCGGCAUCAGCGGGCAGUCUUCGUCUUGGCCAGGUGGUGGUAGACGCCAUGAAGACCAACCUCCGGGAGAACCCGAUGAUGAAAUGGCAGUACUUUGGCAGUAAGGAUGGUGUGAUGACCAUAUACCCGGCCAACGGAUAUGCCAAGUGUGGCGCAUUCGAUCCAAGAUACAGACCGUGGUAUGUGGAAGCCUCUACUCCGAUCACCAAGGAGGUAGUGGUGGUCAUAGACAGCUCGAAAUCAAUGGAGAACCCCGCCGCGGCGCCUCUCAUGGACAUCGCCAAGGACGCCGCGGUCACUGUCCUAGGCACCAUGGCCUCACAUGACCUUGUAGGGGUCGUAGGGUUCAAUGAUCAGAUCAGUACACUCCCAGGCUGCUUCAGCGACACCAUGGCGAUGGCCUCGCGAGACAACCUCGAGCGGCUGAAGGACUUUGUCCGGAGCCUCAGACCAUCGGGGAGCACGUCGUAUAUGAAGUCUCUGCAGAAGGCGUUCGCGUUGCUCCAGAGUAACCUCACCACUAUUCCUGAAGAACACGGCAACAGAGCUAAAGUGAUCCUUUUCAUCACCGACGGUAUGCCUAGUGAGAACCAAGAUGCCAUCAAGAAGGAGAUCGUCAGGCUCCAGGCGUUACAGAGCAAGCCAGUCAUCAUCAUGACGUAUGGACUCGGGGAAGACUUGUCCCUCAGGGCCGUCAACAUUCUGAAGGAUAUUUCAAAUUCUACGGGUGGUAAAUUCGAGCGAAUAGACACACCCUCCGAACUACGCAGCAGCAUGGCGUCUUACUACGAAGUCUUCAACGCCAAUACGACAACGGCGGACCAGGCGCUUAUUUCUUUGCCAUACUACGAUGCUUUUGGCUUAGGUAUCGUCACCACAGUCACGGUUCCAGUCUACGACCCAACAACAAGUGUACUGGUUGGGGUUCUUGGGAUAGACAUUCCCUUGAAGGACCUGUUCUCCGAAGUCUUCCACCGCCACUAUCUCUUCGUUAUCGACCUGACUGGUCGGACUUGGAGACACCCCCUUCUGCCUGAUGGGCGCGAGGGAAAUGUGGUAUCCACUAAUAUCAACAUCGAGACCCUUGAGAGAAAUGCCGAGGCGGUCAGUGUCAUCCAGUCAAUGAAACUGUCUGAAAUUGGAAACAAAACAUUCACCUCUCACCACCUCAUCUCGAUGGGCGACCCAUUCAGAGACGGCGUAGUCGAACAGAACCUGAGCUCUAGCUAUUUCUGGCACCCGGUGCCAGGCUACAAUCUGUCCCUCUGCCUGACAAUGGUCAUCAGUACCGAUGCCGAAAAGGAGGUGGCUGACCCGUCUGUCAAAGGCAACGCCCAGUUCGUUUAUCACCGGUCAGAUAUAGUGGAACCACCGAAUGCUUGCAACCAUUUCCAGCGUAUCUCCACAAUGCAGGCGGCGGUCAAGUUCAGCCCUGAGUGUUACCUUGAUCCGAGUAAAUACCUGAACGAGGUAGAAACGAAGGAGACAAUUGACUUGGUCAAGAGAUACAUGAUGUAUGAGUCAGAUCGCAAUCCGGGGUUCAUGGUGGACAUCCGUCCAACUGCCGCCAUGACGUCAAAAGCUGACGACAUCUGGGUGAAAAAUCUGUCAAAGAUUCAGAAAUACAUCAUUUGGCGUUUCAUUGGCACCUAUAAUGGCAUUGUGAGGUUUAUUCCCUUGGCCAAGGUAGACAAGGCGUACAACCCAACACUGAGGCCGUGGUACCGCCGCGCCCUCAGCCAGCCAGGGAAGAGCGUAUUCUCUACUCCAUACCUGGACGCGUUUGGAGCAGGCUUCGUUGUGACACUCAGUCAUACGCUCUACUUGGGAAGAAAAGAAAGUCACAGGCCAGGAGACACCGUUAUCGGUGUCCUCGGAGCUGACUUCACCCUGGAGUACUUUUACAAACUGAUCGUAGACACGUUCCCAAAAUGUCGGGCGAGUGGUUUCUCCUGCUAUGUGCUGGACAACAGCGGGUACGUCAUCAUUCAUCAGGACUUCGUUGAGGCAGAGAAUGCCUCCUCACUACCAGAUGUGGAGUACAUGCAUGUCGCCGUCAAGGACUCCGUACUUGCAGAAUCGCUAAUUGAGGGUGGGUACAUGACAAAUCAAGGUUGUAUUGACGUCCGGCAAAUGAGAGAUCAAGUCUGUUGGAAGCUGGAUCUCGGCACUCAGACGUCCCGUGAGUUCAAAUCCAUUUAUGAAGUCUCGGCGGUCGGGGACAGCAACAUCUUCAUUGUGAUCAAAAAGGACUCGAAAGCUGCGGCGCCCUGUGCGUGCAGCAGAAAGAGUAUUGAUUCUGUCGACACAUACCAAUGCGGGACACUUGGCUCCUGUCAGUGCCCAUGCUACAGUAAAACCACGUUCUCAGACUGUGAGGACAAACUUUAUAUCAAUAGUACUUCAUUCAAGACGUGUGCCCCAAAGGCUCCCUCGCUCACGGUCACCCCGCCCAGCAGAGAGGAGAAGGAGAAGGCUAGGAACCUCAAGUAUUGCUAUCAAGAGAUCUGUGAUCAGAAGAAAACCAAAAACGAGUGUACCGGUCUUCUAGGAUGUAGCUGGUGCCAGCGGGACAGAAAUGGUGAAUUACUAGAACAACCCUACUGCGGCUCCCAAGACAAGUGUUAUCUCGGAGUAGAAGGAUUAAAUCCGUACAAUACAUCCGAAUCAGUCAUCAUCACGAAUCCAUCGUUGAGCAUUAUUGCAAUCGUAGGAAUCGCCAUCGGUGUCCUGGUCGGUGUGAUUCUGGCCGGCGUGAUUAUUUUGCUGAUACUCCAGAGGCGAGGGGUGAUUUCGAUCAAUAAUCCAUGCCCAACGAGGACGAAAGAGCCUCCACCGAUGAAGAUGACAAACGCAGAUAGUCAGCCAACCGGUAUUGAUAAUAGGAACAAUGGACAAAGUCCGUAUUCUGACUGUGAGGUGAACAAACAUUUCGAUCCAGUGUAGAAGGUUGAAAUGUCCUAGCUAAGGAGGGAAUGUCCGGGGGAAAGGAUUCCUGAACUAUGGACCCUUAUUGCAGAAUCCGUCCGAAUACAAUAAGACCGGACACUGCUUACGGGGGGGGGGGAAUGAUUCACUAAAUGACCACAAUUUAUUCUCAAAGGCAAGUCGUUGUCGGCAUAAAUGUCAUCUUAACCUCUGUUGAGACACGGACUCUUGGCACGGGCCAGUCCUUUUCCAUACAGGUCCCCUUCAAAGAUUACAGAGGAAAAUAUGGACCAAUCAUGCCAUCCUCUUAGAUUAUGGAUUGAGGCCAUUUCACUCUUAGCUUCUUUUAGAUUAUGUGGAAUCGUCCAGCAAUAUUAGCCUGUACCUUUCACCACUCCAUGCGUUACUAGAGUAACUAGACCACGAUAAGGUUGGAUUCUUUUGCGCCAAACUAUAUUUAAGUGUGAAGAUUAUUUAUGUAAUAAUAAGGUAGGCGCUUUGGCAUUCCCGGUGCUGCAUGUACUCACGAUUUGGCAGGAUAUACAUGAUAAGAAUGUUGCCCAUAGGUUUCUUCAGAAGUAAAUUACCACGGGCCACUGUGCAGAAACGUACUUAACCAUUAAUGAGGUUACCGGUUGGUGCAUUGUACAGUACCCCCGGGUUUUUUUCUCAAAGUGUCAUUUUAACCAGGUCGAGGCCUCAGCAGUAUUCUACCAGAGUCUUUCGUUUAAUGAAAAAUUCUGAUUCUACUGACCGUGUGGGCAAAACCAAAGUGAGAAAACUAUUAUCAACGUUCAACCAUGUGUUUUUCAAAACUGCCUUUAUAUAUAAUAAUUCAUUUUAUAUAUCUACAGCUGUAUCAGGUGUUAGUUUGUGCAGAGAUGUUCUGUCCUUGUAUUGUUAUUUGGAUCAUACGCGAUGAUGGGAACGAGGCGUGCAACUACGAGAAUAAUCAUUUCUUCAACGGCGGAUUUGUGUUCGAACCACUCGGGCAACAAAAUUGACACCGAACUGUGGGAUAGGUGUCUCACGAAACACCGCAAGGGUGCAGGAACGAAAAUGUUAGCCGAAACCGAUGCGGCAGCCGGUGUUUUGGGUGGAAUGACACCUAUGUAAUCCAAUUCCAUAUUUUGCACAGAUUCGAAUGGAGUCUUCUGUCAAUAUUUG